AUGAUCAAUGCGGUGCUAGUGUUCAACAAUCAUGGUCAACCUCGACUGACCAAGUUCUACACACAGCUCGACACGGCCGUACAGCAACGUCUCAUCUCGGAGAUUUUUACGCUCGUCUCGACGCGCCCGAAUAGCGCGUGUAAUUUCCUACCGCUGCCGCCGCUGCUGGCCCCCGCGCCCUCGUCGUCCACCGCUCCCGCCAGCGCCCCCGAACACAACGACGCGCCGUCACUCGUGACCUACCGCCACUACGCGACGCUGUACUUCAUCCUCAUUUCCACCAGCACCGAGUCGCCACUGGCCCUGCUCGAUCUGAUCCAAGUUUUCGUCGAGGCGCUGGAUCGGCUGUUCGAAAACGUGUGCGAGCUCGACCUGAUCUUCAACUUUGAGACCUUACACGCCGUGUUGGGCGAGAUGAUUGUGGGUGGCGUGGUCAUUGAGACAGGUCUGGACCGCGUCGUCGAAGGCGUCAAGAGCCAGGGCAGAGUUGCGAAGCGGCCGGUGAAUGAGAGUCGCGCUGGUUUAGGCGCCACGAUGUGGGCGGGCCGAUAAGUGCUGUAGGAGCGGAAAGUCGUAGAGGAAUGAUGAGACUGUUUGCUCUACGCAGAUGAUGGCCACGAGGGUGGUCGCGAAACAUCCCCGCCAACUUGCUGCGGCCGCUGCACUGGAUCUACCUGCGCUCACUCCCAUGGCGGACUGCGCCUUAUUCGAGAGUAGGAAAGUGGCUUGGUGCUACGAUCAGUAUUCCUUGCAUUGCCAGGAAUGGGAACGGCUCAAGACGUUCUUAUCCGCCUUAUCGGAGUGUCGGGGAGUAAGAGAUAACCACAGCCGGAGACGAAGUGGACUUCGGAUCCAUUUCAGGGUCCUGUGCCGACGCUGGCACUUGCAUAGCUAUAUCAGACGCCUUAAGAAGCGCUUGAUACAACCCUAACCUCAAACCUAAGCAAUGUAGCACAAGAGACCGAGCCGUCAGGAGACCGAGUCGUGGGAGGUCUGUAGAAGACCCAAACGUAUAAGCUAGGCCUUUGAUUUGAGAACUCUCCGCAAGACAAUCGGAAGGAGUUGCUGCAGCGACAACUACCUUACUGAGUAC